AUGUUAAGACCAAGAUAUAAAAUACUUAAAUUAAUAGAUAAAAAAGUAAAUAAUAUUUUGGUUUUCUCAAUAGAUAAAAGAGAUGUUUCAUAUGAUACAUUAGCUGGUAUCCCGUGGAUGAGUCAUAGUAGAAUUACCAAAAUUUUUGAAAGAGUUUCUGAUGAAGGUCCAUUUGACAAAAUUACAUGGGAGAGAUUAAGUGAAAGAACAAGUAAAAUUUGUAAUAGUUUUGAUAUAAAAGAAAUAGGGAGAAUAUUAUAUUCUUAUUCUAAAGUAAAAUAUAGGGAUGCUAAAAUAAUUUAUAAACUUACAGAAAAAAUAAAAAAUGAAGAAAUACACAAAAUUGAUCUAUUAGGAUGUGCCCAUAUUUGUCACGCAUUAAAUAACCUAAAUUAUUUUGAUAAGAGAUUGUUUGAAUUAAUAUUUUCUAAAGUAAUGAAAUUAGAGAUAAAUAAUAAUUCAUUUCCUGUUAUAAUAACUCUAAAUGCUUACACAAAACACUGUAAUGAUUAUUUAUUUCGAGAAAUGGCUAUGCAAUUGUUAAUUUUUUUUUUAAAAAAUUUUGAUAAAUAUAAAAGUUCAUGCUCACCCCAAGGUUUAACUAUGUUGUUAAAUUCAUUUUCUCAAGUAAUCAAGCCAUCACCUGACUUUUUGAAAAAUCAAAAUGAACAAUUAAAAAAAAUAUGCAUAGACGAAAAUAAAAAAUUAGAUAAUUCUUUUUUUAGAAAAAAAGGAAAUAUAAUUAAUAUAAUUCAUGAAAAUAAAAAAAAUAUUAAUGAAAGUAAUUUAGAAAAAUAUAUGUGCGAUAACUCAGGUGAAGAGGAAAACUAUAAAAACGAUGUAAAUAAUCAUAUCGAAAUAGAAAAAAAAAAUAAAACUAAUGUAAGUAUAUUUAGUGAAAGAAAGAAAGGUAAAAUAGAUGAAAAUAAAUUUGAUGAUGACAUAAAUAAUCAUAUAUAUAAUGAAAGUAAAAUUAUUGAAAAUGAUACUGAAGAGAGUAAUGACAAAUUUUUAAAAAAAUCAAUUGAUGAAAAUUUUAAAAUUAUUCCUGAAGAUAUAGAAAAAAAAAAAAAAAAUACAGAGGCUAAUAAAGACGACAUAUUGAAAAGCUUAAAUAUAGUAAAGGAAUAUGAUGAAGAAAUAAUUAUUAAAAAUAAUAAAGAAUUAUUAAAUAAAUUUUUCUUAAUGUUAUUAUUACAAAUUACAAAAAAUAUUGGGAAAAUGAAUACACAAUCUUUAUCAUUAAUCAUUAAUUCGUGUUCUAGAAUUUCUUUUGAAAUUCCUAGUGAAUUUUUAAAAAUAAUUAAUGAAGAAGCAAAUAAAAAAAUUCAAUUUGCAACAAUUAGGCAUUUAUCUCUAAUAAUAGAUGGAUAUAUAAAAUUAAAUAUUAAAAACCCUAUAUUUUUAUCAAAUAUUUUGAAAGAAAUUGAAAAAAAAGUACUUUCGUGUGAUGAGCAACAAUUAUGUUUUAUACUAAGUAGUAUGGUAAAAUUAAACAAUAAAAAUGAAAAUUUAAUAAAAAAUUUAAAUGCUAAAUUUAUUUUAAAUAUAAGAAAAAUGAAUAUAUCAACAUUAUGUAAUAUUUUAUAUUAUUACACUAAAUUGAAAGUUUUUAAUGAAGACAUAUUUAACUUAUAUCAAAUAUAUUUAAAAAAAUUAAUUGAUAAAGCUAGUUUGCAUCAUUUAUCCCUAUCAUCAUAUGUAUUUUCUAAAAAUAAAAUUAACAAUGAAAUUGUAUCUUUAAUAUUAAAUAAAGCAGUAGAAAUAUUAAAAAACAAAAUUACAUAUAAUGAGAAAACUGUUAAAGAUAUUUUAAUUUUAAUUAAUAGCUUUAGUGAAUUAAAUAUAUAUUCGGAAAUGUUAGCAAAACACUUAUAUUUUAUUAUUCAUAUAAACGAAAUGAAAAUUGAUGAUUCUAAUCGAAAAUGUAAAUUAGAGAAAUUUAUAAGCAGCAUUAAUUGGUUAAAUGAAGAAACACAUAAUAAAAUUAUAAAUAAAAAUAUUUAUUUAUCACUAAAAACAUUAUCUAUAUAUAAAGAUUAUAUUCAAAAAUAA